GAUCCUAACCGCCACAUGACAACAAGAAGUUUGAGUUUCAGGUCUGUAAAGUUAUCGAUUUUAAACAAAAUCUAAUUUUUGUGUGUCUGUGUGUGUGUGUGAUGGCCUAAAUACUUAGUGGUAUAUCUUAAAAAAACAUUAUUUAUUGAAGUAACCAUUUUGGAUGAAAUCAUAAAACUAAAACAAUGAUUUUAAACACAUUACACCAAAAUCAUGAUAGUCGUUAUUAAACGAGAAUAAAAAUAGUUACGACGUAAGGCAGAUGUCAUAAAAUUACGUGAUCACUCAACAUAGCUAGCUGUUUAAAACAUAAAAGUGACCUCUUAGCGUUUCAUUUGUAUAUAGAUAGUAUCACCAAUUAGUUAAGCGGUGUGAAUGUAUAUGAUAUUAUUUGCUGCUGAAGAUGACAUGGUGUCCGCCCCCAAUUGACUUUCAGAACUUAAAAUACCAAAAUUUGUAAUGAGAUUAAUCAAAUGAUAAUAAAGCUGGUGAACUUUGAACAGUGACGUGCCCUUUUAAACAAUCACCCCUUAACGGUGGAUUUAAAACAGCGCAAUUUAAAACAACAACUAAGAAUUUCCUUUGAAGUGUGCCGUGUGGGGUCCAAUAUCUCCUUACUAUUUUUAAGUUAAAAUAAAACAUAGUACUUUACUUUAUUGUGUUCAACACUUAUGCACAUAAACGCCAUUGAGGAGAUAUAAUUUCCUCUCUUGCGCAUUCCUUACAUUCAUUUAUAUACAAUUUUUGAGACACAUUUCAGAAAGAGGAGCUGAAGAACUCUCCGGCCCCGUUGCAAGUUUGUAGAACACUCAUCUCAUUCUUUUAAGAAUAUUUUAUUUCUUAUUGUGCUUGAAAACCAUUGUCAAAAUUUUCUUUUUCUUCAGGAUUCUUCCGAGCAGCUCACCUCUUCCUUGACACGUUAUAGUCGUGGGAGGAACGAACCCUAACGUCAGGCAUGAAUUGAUUGGUUUGUCCCACAACAGGCACAUGGGGCUGAAUUAUUUCGAUAACAAAAUAAAAAUUUUAAAUGUGAUUUUACAAUAAACUAUCAGAAAAAGGAGAUGCGUUAUUGGAGUUUUACCAAUUUUUUUCAAAGAAUUAAAAACAGCCACAGAAAAAUCCCCAGUCAAAGUCUUCGGCUCAAAGGUCAGAGAUGGUACAACCAAAGAGACUACACGAGUUUGGCAAAGACGCCUUUCGACAAAAAGCAACUGGUCAGGAGUGGGCACUUCAACCGCUUUUCCGGGAGUGCUUCAAAUCAACGGAAGAAAACAAAGGGCUGUAACAAGUGAGUGUCUGAUGCUGAACAAAACACCAACUAUUGCUGUACCUAAUGUAUAUGUUUACCAAAAAAAAAAUUAACUUCAAUGUUACUAAAUCGAUUCUUUAUUUUUUUACGUCGAUAGAUAUCAGACUUUUGUAGCAUUAAGUAAGUUGUCACCAACACUGUGAACCGGCUAAUAGUAGAUGGGUCAUUUAGGAAACGCGAUAAUAAUUUUACGUAAUAAUGUGGCCCCAAGAAAAAAAGAGUACAUUGCCUUUUCUAACCACGAAUAUUUAAAUAAAAACACUAAAUGGCUGUUUCAUCCUGUAGAGUCACCUUAUGCCACAAUACCUGAUACUACUCUUUGAAUAUUACCCUUUUGGGUAAUAAUUAUAAUUAUAUACUAAGCUUUCUUUAUUUUUCUAGCUUGCGUGGUUGGAUCAAGGAAUACCCAGGAACAUGAGAUCUUAUAAAACUUUUCUUGAGUGAAGCAAAUGGCUGAGAUACUUCAUCUCGUAAUUUAAUUAUUACCAUCAUUUUAAUUUUGAUUCAAUUUUCUUCAUUAAGGGUCCCUGGCAGAGCAACCGUUUGUCAUGUUACGAAAAGUUUUACAGAAUCUCAAGAAAAAAACGAAAAUGAUAUCCGAAUGAAAUCUGAGAAGCCAAUAAACAAACUGAAUCGAACUGUCGCAAAAUUAAACCCAUUGACUUUUGUACGCAGGGAAAUAAAAACUCAAGAAGACAAAAAAAAUAAUGAUCUUUUAAGAACACAAAGACCAGAUGUCGAACAGAUGAAAUCAAGACUAAGAGUUAUGUCUGCUGAGACAGACGAUUGCAGAUUAGUGAAUGAAAUAAAAGCGUCAAUCGAGGCAGUAAAAACAGAAAUUAAUAGCAGAGAGGUAGACGUUGAAAAGUCCAGGGACGCAUUUGACAAAAGUAGCGAAUUAACAAACAGUUCAUCAAAUCCUAGAAAGCCUGAAGAUCUCAUGGAAGAGUUGUGUAAUCAAAGACAUUUUAAAGUCAAACCGACCGUCAUAAAUGUCUACAACGCAGUGGGCAACACCGAGGUAGAUCAUCCCGAGAGUGUUGAAGGUAUUCCUUGGAAUUUGUUCAGAGAAGAAAAAUUUCGCCUUCGUAGUUUUGUGCAGUAUCCAUUGACAGCUGCUAAAUCUGCCAUGCUCCUGGCUGAAGAUGGGUUUGUUUACACUGGGAAGGGCGAGGAAAGAGAUGACGCAGUCACUUGUUACUUUUGUUGUCUACAGAAACUCGGCUGGCAAACUAGGGACAUCGUUUCUGACAUUCACAGAGAAAUGUCUCCGAAUUGUUCAAUGCUGACCAAAAUCAACUGUGAUAAUGUUCCUAUAAGGUCUUCUCAAAAUUACGGCCAAAACUUUGAUACUCUGUUGAACCAGUUAAACUCAACCUGUAGCAAUGAAUCGGGUCAACAUACACUGAAGACCAAUGCAGACACACAUGGAAAUGUUAGCCGAAGUUCUGGGGACAUUGAUGCGGAUUGUGAGAAUGACACCCGCCAACGUGAUUCAAUUUUCAACCAGCCCACACCAACAAGAGGAAACCCAUCGGAAAAUGGUGAGUUAAAUUCAAAAGAAAUCAGGAGGGGAACCGUCAUCCCAAACACAUCUACUUUUCAACAUACAGUAACUACACAGGGAUCAACAGCAACAACAGCAGCAACAACACCAGAAACAACAACAGAAACAACAACAGCAACAUCUCGAAAAAUGCAAACGAACUCUCCAAAUUUAGCAGUCCAAACGACAAGAUCUUCAGCUUCCGGGGCCCGAAAUGUGGCGUCUGUACCCUCGUCUCCACAAAUAACUCUGCCCCAUGUAUCAACAGAACCAAGGAAUACUGGAGCCAAUAAUGUUUCGAAUAGUUCAACAAAUACCGGACAGCCAUCAUUGACACCUGCAGGACAACCAAGUGUAGAAGUCGCCGGCGCAACAUCAGCCAGCUCCAACAGCACCACCGUUUCACAAACAACCGCAAACAAUGGUGAGAAGAAGAAUGGUAAAGGGCCGACAUACGCUGAACUGGGAAUCAUCACUGAGAGACCGAAAAGACCAGAAUAUGCUGUCAAAGAAACGAGACUGAAGACAUUUGAAAAUUGGCCGCCAAGCCAUCAUUUGAAACCCGAAGACCUUGCUGAUGCUGGAUUCUAUUUCGCGGGUGAGCGAAAAAAUUGAUUAAAAACAUAAAUUAUUACAGAAGUUUCACUUUGUUAUUUUUUUUUUCAAAUUCAAGGAGGACUCCCCAAUUAAGCAUAUCAGUUUUGAUGAAUGUCCUGUUUCAUGUAAACAUAGAUGCGUGAUUACGAUAUAUACACUAAGUAUUCUGUGCAGAAUACAAAAAAGAUGAUUAUGAAGAGGAGAAAAAACCCAUAAAUAGUACACAUGCUAUCUUAUGUUAUCUUUUGCCUGUAAAUCAAGUUUUGCAACAACGAAAAAUCGUAAAUAAAAUGCUAUUUAAUUGAACAAAUUUUCAGCUUCAUAAGCAUAAAACAAUUUAUUUUGCUGCCGUUAAAACAUUAUAUCAAUGUGACUAAUCAAACAAAACUAUGGAAGGGAAUCGUUGAACAAGGCGUGUAGAGGCUUGAAUGGAAAGAAAAAGUUCAACAAAAAGAAAUAGAAAUGCAUGAAAAACUCAAGUGUCAGUAGUUAGCUGUGUUGUAUAAAUAUAUUUUUCUACAACACAGCCAACUACUGUCACUUAAGUUUUUUCAAGCAUUUCAAUUUCUUUGUUGUCUUUUGUUUUGUCUUGUGCGAUGAGAAGGCUUUUAGUCGAAACUUUCCAUUCUUAUGAUCCCGUUCUUUCACUUCAAGCGUCAACACACCUUGUUUUUACGAUGUGCUUCGCACAACUUGAACGCAGACAUUCAUUUAUUACCCUAUAAAGUAUGGAAAUUCGAGGAUACAAAAUAAAUGAGAGAGAAAGUCUGUUGAAAAUGUUGUUAAUUGAUGACAUGUCUUCUUAUUUACCAAGGUUACGGCGACUGCGCCAGAUGUUUCUACUGUGGCGGUGGUCUGAGAAACUGGGAGGACGAAGAUGACGUGUGGGUGGAGCACGCCAGAUGGUUUCCUAAAUGUGCCUACAUCCGUCAGCAGAUGGGACAAGUUUUCGUGGACACGGUUCAGGAACUGAACAAAACUUUAGAUGUGGUGAGACCUAAAAAAAUAUUCUAUAUUUAUCUUUAAAAAUGUGUUUGUUAAGGUUUUAUAUAUUUUUUUCCAUACGCUUAAUUUUGUUUCAAAUAUUUUAAUUAAUUAUAUCGUUAUUUAUUUUAAAAAAAAACAAUGAAGACACUCAUCAAUGUGGUUGGGGGGGGGGGGGUCAUUAAAAUAGGCAUUAAGGCAUUUUCAAUGUUGAGCAUGAAAAGUUUAGACAUCUUAAAAUGUUUGACAUCAUAAUCCUUUUUUCCCCCUCUCAGAUUUCGUUUGCCACGGUCAAAGAGAGGUGCAAGGCUCCAGCAACAGCUUCGUCAUUGGGUUUGUCAAUUUAUAAUAAUAAUUAAUUUAAAAAAAAGACAUUUAGUUUCAUAUCCUCUUGAUGGUUAAAAAAAAAUGUUGUUUGAAUUGAACGGCUUUGUGCAGUAAAUGUACUCCACAAUUUGAAAUACAUAUUUGAUAACACAGUUGAUUACAAAUGAUUUUUUUUUAAAUAUAAUAAGAAGGGUUGCAAUAUAAAUAUUUAUUUUAUUUAUUAGCCGUGUCAAUAGAUUUGUUCAAGAAUUUAAGUAAAACAAAAACCAUUUCAGAUGCUAAAUUGGAACCACUGAAGAGAGACCCCGCUGUGUUGACAGUUGUAGAUUUCGGCUAUUCUCUCACUGAUGUCUUGCAAGUUGCCAAAAUAAUCAAGGGAAAAGGUGAAAUUGUAUUAUUUGCGAUGAUUCAGCUUAGGCUGCGACUAUUUGUACCCGGGUACAAGAAGUGAGAGGUUGGGAUUAAAGAACUAAUUAGAAUAUUAUUGUUGGGUUUGUAAGACAAAAUGAGGUGUCAAAUGAAAGAUAAUUGAAUGGACGAUAUGUUUGUAAACUUACUUUUUCAACUAAAAUAAACUAGAACAAAUGGCAUCCGAAGAGCUUGUGUCUAAUGUCUAAUGGUACCCGGGUGCGAAUGGCGGCGCUGCGUGUCUGGGUCCAUUUUGACUAUUUGGAUGUCAUUUUUGGUAGUUUAUUUGAUUUCAUUUUAAUUCUUUGAAUUAAUGUGUUGACGAUCAUCAUCAUCAUCUUUUGUCUACGGGCUUACAUUUCAGAUGUCAUUCUAUCCUCCGACGUGUUGUUGACUAAACUACAAGAGCUGGAGAAACCAAGAGUCUCCAAGACGCCAUCUACACCCAUGUUAGGGGCCACGUCGUCAACGCUCACUCAGGAUCAAGGUACAUUGAUCCUCUUCUUCUUCUAUAUCUUCAAAGUAUUGAUCACUCUGGAUCCUAUGUAUGUAAAAGAAGUUUGCGAUGUUUCUGUGCAUGGUUUUGAGAAAGAUGCAUCACUAUUUGAAAAAAAAUCUAAAUAUAUUGUCAUGGACAUAAUUAAAUUAAAUACAAAAUCUUAUAGAUUAUAACAAAUUUCGCAUCACGAGAAAAUGUAUGUUAUUAUUUUGGAAAGAGAAAUUGCUGAAAAAAUAUUCCGCUUAGAGAACUUUAUAAAAUCCAAAUAGCAGCAAUAUUAUUGAUAUGUUAACUAUCUGGGGCAGACUUUUGAUCAGACUGCGAUCAAACGGUUAAAGACGCCAAUAUGAAAAAAAUAAGUUUAGUAGAAAUCUGAUUAAGGUAAUCCAUUGAUAUGUGUUUUAUAUUCCCAGAAAGGCUUUGUAGUCAUUAGUGAUCAUAAUAAUUUUAAAUUGUAUUACUGUUAAGAGAAAUAAUUGGAUCGGUUUUUCGUAUGUAAACAACUUUAUGCAAAAAGGCAUUUGAAUAACCAUCAGGUAAAGUUAUAUUGUAUUUAGAAUCUUUAAACAACGAGAUCUCCAUCUUAUAAUGUCUGGUCUCCCAACAGAGGCCAUCAGACAGAUAAAAGAGAAGAACAACCAGCUCCGCCAGCAGACCGUCUGCAAGAUUUGUAUGGACAAGGAGGUGGCCGUCGUGUUCCUGCCCUGUGGUCAUCUGGUGUCCUGUGCCGAGUGCGCAUCUGCCAUGAAGGACUGUCCUGUCUGUAGGGUCACCGUCAAAGGAAUCGUGAGGGCGUUCAUAUAAGAUGAAAAUCGAUGAAAAGGAAUUUUAGAAAGAAAAAAAACCCAGUGUAUUAUGUUGAUUAUAUUUUUAACAGGAGCCAGAAAUGUCCGCUGUGUUUUUAAAGUCGUUGAGCACCAAACAUAAUUUUAAAGACUUAAGGAAAUAACAUAACUAUAUCUAUAUCAUAUAUAU